CGUCCUCGUCGUAUUCCAUGUUGGCUUCUCCCUUGUUCUCUGUGUAGCUCUGUCCAACUUCCCUGUCUAGCGUUUUUUUCUCUCCCUGGGAAGGCCCCGCGCGCCCUCUGCCGCCAGGCGGUUCAGCGCUCACGGCCAGGCAGAGAGAGUCCACAAAGAGAGCCUACAGAGAGAGAGCUUUUUGUUUACUUUCCACUGCCUACACACACACACACGCACAGAGCAGCUCAAGCGACUAGGGCAAUGGGGCCAGGUGAUAUCACAAUCAAAGACAACAAACUGCAGAAGGAGCUGAUGCUCAGUGAGUGCUCGCUGAUACGGAUUCCACCGCCGAGGAGCCAGUCGCAGAAGGACAAGGUUGACAUCUCCAACUGGGACCUGACAGCAAUAGUAUGGAGAGGGCGACUGAGGUUCUAUGAAGAGGAGCAGCUGAACGGGCAGGGGACGAUGGAGGGAGUUCUGGAGCUCAUUAACUAUGAUAAGAGUGUGUUUGUCGAUGUCCGGUGCUCGUCAGACGUGACGACGGUGCAGAGCUCGGAUUCACCACGGUGCUUUGGGAUCAUAGUUGACGUUAGAGGUGACAAGUACGCAUUUGGACUGGUGUUUGACGAUAAAGACACCGGCGAGGAGUUCAGCAUUGCUCUGCAAGACUUCAGGAGGGACCUUGCGACGCUCCUGGAGGCGCAGAGGGAGCAGAUGGAGGACCUUUCGAUAAACGUCAAGGACGAUGAGUUUGGUGACUACGUAGGCACUUACUACGACUGACUGCUUCCUACAACGAUAGGUAGAUACAUAUGUACAAUGGGGCGG